GUUCUCCUCGAAUCCCGUGUCGGAAUUCGGAAAGGAAAUGCCCGUUUCUGUUUGACCCCACAGCGGCUUCCGCCGGAAGGGCAAAGAAAAAUCCCGUCUACCUCGCUCGUGAGAGCAACGAUGCAGAGCCUCUCGCGGCUGACUCUCUCUCUUUGCAGCUUAUGGGCACUCACCCUCCUCUACGGCGAGAUGUUCGCCUACUGGAUUCCACUAUGGUCCUGCUCGUGGCCCCAACUCCACCCGUCAUCCUCCUCCUCCUCGAGUGUUGAUAAUCAAGUAAAGGUUGCUGUCCUGGCUGAUCCACAGCUUAUGGACAGGACCUCCCUCAGACUUCCUUCAAAAUCAUUUGCUCUAGAGAUUGCCCAGUUCUAUACAGAUAUAUACAUGAGAAGAUCCUUCCAUGCAUCCAUAAUGCCGUUCAAACCUGAUUUGGUUGUAUUUCUGGGUGAUCAGUUUGAUGGGGGGCCUUUCUUGUCAGAUCAAGAGUGGCAGGAAUCAUUGAGUCGUUUUAGGCAUAUCUUUGGUUUGCAUGAAAACAGAAUAUAUUCAGAUAUUCCGUUGUACUAUCUUUCUGGGAAUCACGAUAUCGGUUAUACAGCUUUACAUUCACAACAUCCAGAGGUCAUCAGUCGCUAUGAGAAAGAAUUUGGAGCAAGAAACUACCAUUUUUCUGCUGGGAAGGUGGACUUCGUUGUUGUCGAUGCUCAAACUCUUGAUGGGCCUAAAAAUGGAAAGGAAACAUCAUUAUCCUGGGACUUUAUCAAAAAUAUAUCAAAGGAUGGUACAUCUAAUCCAAGAGUUUUAUUGACACACAUCCCCCUUUAUCGCGCUGAUGGGACUCCUUGUGGCCCAUAUCGUUCUUCCCCUAUUAUCAAUCAGGUAUUUGUCUCAGACUUUUUUCGUGUUGAUCUCAAUCAAGAAAUCAUGUAUCAGAACUACUUAAGCAAAGAAACAUCAGACCAUUUAUUGGACCUUAUCAGACCGAUACUUGUACUGUCUGGUCAUGACCAUGAUCAGUGUACGGUGAUGCACUCAACACCUGUUGGACUCAUAACAGAGCAUACAUUAGGGACUGUAAGCUGGCAGCAGGGAAACUUGUAUCCAUCGUUCAUGCUGCUAUCUGCAACAUCUGUAUCAUCAUCCAACACAACUGAUUCAGAACAUGCUGUUUCCACUCAUCUAUGUUUUCUUCCAAUGCAAACUCAUAUCUAUAUUUGGUAUCUAUUGCAGUUUAUCAUGACUAUUUUUUUGCUGACCCUUUGGCCAACAAAUGGCUUUGGCUGUUGGGAUUUCUGUGGUAAAUGUGUGAGCUUCGUCAGCACCAUGGUAAAGAACCUUACAGCCACCUCUAAGGAGAAGGAUGAAGAGGAAAACUGUGAAUAUGAAAUGAUUUGGGAUGCAGAGGGGUCCAUGCAUCUUGUUAAGAAAGCAACAACAAAGGUCCCCGUUAUGAAGUCAGAUGUAGGAUUGGCAGCAAGGAGCAAUGUUGUCUCUAGACCAACAGCAAAGAAACAUUUGCAAGAGCCGGAGGCAUCUGUUUUGGUAGAGAUGAAAAUGGAGGCAAAGUUAGAUAACACUAGUAAAGUGCCAUAUUUGGGCAAAUCAAAGGUGAGGAAGCUGAUUCAGCGGGUAUUUCGGGUAUUUCGAUUGGUUGUGAUUAUUGCUGCUGUCAAUAUCCCUCUUUAUGUAAUGCUGCUAUUCAAGGAUUGGAUUGACCGAUGAUUGGAACCUAGAUCUUUGUUACUUUUGUUGGUAUUUUCCAUGAUCGGCAGCACUGUUGUAACAUAUCAGGAUACAAACACGUGCACAGGUACACGUCCAGAAGAGGAUAUGGCGAAAAAUGCUCUGUUGUUUGUAAUUUUCAGUUGCAUUCAUUGAAGAAUGGACUCUGAUAUGAUAUGGCACUGCAUGCUGACAAU